AUGGACAGUAAGAAGCCAGCCGUGCCAAGGUUUGCCUCCUUCAAACCAAAAGCCGAGGUUUCCACCGAGUCAACCUCGCGAUCCGAUGAUCAGAGGAACUACGACAGAAAGGGAGAUGAUGGCCAUGCAGAGCGCCCUGGACUUGGCACUCACUGCAAGAACCACUCCAAACCCCACUCUCACCAUACUCGUCAUGAUCGCUGGCGCUCUGGCAGUCCCGACCGGCGACCGCCUCGCCAGAUAGCAGCACCUGCAGAGGAUCCUCUCUACGUUGUCGACAAGAGGGGAGACCCAUUGAUUGUGCGUUAUGGAUCCAAUGAUCGGUCCAAGGUUCCUGCGUACCGCCGGUCUGGCUCGGGCAGGGUGCUAGGUGGCCAAGGUCGUCUCCGGCUCACCCACGAUGGCUCCAAGGAGAUAUUCAGCCUUGGCGACAGGCUGGGGGAGGGAAUGUCUGCCUUUCGUGACAGAGCGCUGUUGUCCAGAGCUUCUCGAAAGAAGACACAAGUCUUCAGGCUGCGUCCAGGCUCGGACCAGGAGCAGCCACAAAUUUCCCAAGACGAAGUCGAUUUCAUCCCGCUUUCUGGGCAGCAUCACCACCACUCUCCAGAACCUAAAGAGGAUAUCUAUGCCAUUUCAGGAGAUGAGGAUCCCAACUACCGGUCUAUCAAGGGAAAGGCAAAGCCUCGCGACUUUGUGGACAGUGACCUGGAGUCUGCAGACACUUCGGACUCUGAGGCCGCUGGGGACCUCGACUCGUCACAUCCGGUCAGGCACAGAUCCAUCGAGCUGUCACGUCGGGUCAAGGAGCAUCCAGAGGACAUCGAGGCAUGGCUUGAGCUCGUUGACAUACAGGGGGACCUGCUCAGCCUCAAUGCGGACGCGCGCCAAGACAUGGCAGACGACGAGGUCAAAGGCCUGGCAAGUAUGAAGGUUGCAUUGCUCGAGGAGGCCCUGCCUCACUUUAAGGACAAGCCGGACAGGGAGAGGUUGUUCCUGACGCUGAUGCGAGAGGGUUCGCGAGUCUGGAGCAGCAAGGCGCUUGCCAAACGAUGGGCCGAGGUGAACUUCAACGACUGCAGCUUCGCGUUGUGGAAAGCCCAUCUGAACCACGAGCUGUCCAAUAUGGCCACCUUCGCAUACGGUAGACUCAAGCAGAUCCAUGUCGAGCGGCUACGGCUUCUCACGCAACGGGUUUCCAGCACUGUUCUACUUUUACGUCUUUGCGACGAGCUGGUCUACACUUUUCUCAGAACAACGUUCUUCAUUCGCGACGCGGGUUACUCGGAGCUCGCAGUCGCCGCGUGGCAGGCCUUGCUGGAGCUUACGUUUGCCCAUCCCGCGGAAGAGGGUGAUACGAACCCUGCCGACGUGAUGUCCUCUUUCCAGGACUUCUGGGAAAGCGAAGUUCCGCGGAUCGGUGAGCAAGGAGCACAGGGCUGGCGCAAAUUCGUCGAGGCAGAAGAGAUGGCAGAUCUGCCAGAGGGAAAGACAGACACGGUGGCACAGCCCCCAGAAACAAGAGACGUCUACAAGGCCUGGGCUGCCGUGGAGACACAGCGGAGUCGCAAUGCAGCACUGCCCGCUAGGACGUUGGAUGAGGGUACAGAAGACGAUCCAUUUCGGGUGGUGAUGUUUGCUGACCUUGAGCCCUUAUUACCUUGGCUUCCAUCAGCUGUCGCCGAUAUAGCCCAAUAUAAGGCCUCUCUUCUGAAUGCCUUUCUUCUAUUCUGCCGGCUGCCUCUUCCAUCUGACAGCACACGAGGAGGGCGGAUCUACGAUAUGUCCCAUGAUCCGUUCUUCUACCACGACAGCAAAAAUCUGAACAAAACAAACUCUAGCCCGCACGGUGACACUGAGGGUGGGAAAAAGCAGCCGCCAAGGUUUACGGAUCCGGGACAGAAAUUUGCAGCAUCUGCCGAUACCAUCUUUUCAGGAUCGGACUGGUUUCAGUUCUUUAGGAAUGAUACAUCGGCCGAAUCUGACCUGGCUCUUGCAGUUGCAAUGCAGCUAUCCACCGAAUUUGGCUAUGAGCCCAUUGCAGAGUACAGCAUGAGCUUAGCUCGCUCCAAGAAACCGGCUGCUGUCAGGAAAACCGCCAAAGCACUGUUGAAAAAAUGGCCCAAUAAUACGUUGCUCUACAACGCUUAUGCUGUUGCAGAAUGGCGGAAUGGGAAUUCAGAUGUCGCAAGAAGCGUUCUGAGCUCUGCCACAGCUCAGAAUCUCCCCAACAAGGAGCGCUUGUGGGCCACGUGGGCCUGGUUAGAAUUCGAAGGGGGAGACAUGCAGACUGCCCUAGCUCGUUGUAUCGCCGCGAGCCAAAGUGAUCAGCCGAGCGGUGUGGACACUGUCGCAACAUACAGCCAGCUAAUGAAGGCAAAACAAACUCUAUCAACUCGCCACGGAUUCCUCCUUUCGUCAGGGAACAUCCAACAGGCGGCGCUGUUCGCGGAGAUUGCCUCACUGUUGGAGUAUACUGCGCCCUUCGCCGGCUCGACGGCAGCCACUGCAUCUCGGCAGGGAGACAUACAAACGGCCAUGACCAGCAUUCAUGUUUUCACAUCCGAGGCCGCUGCUCGAGGUCACGGUAGCUCCAUCCAUGUUGAGCGGUACCUGCAAUUCGCAGCGCAUCUCCUCUACCUCCACGCCAUCCGAGGCGCCUUCCAGCCAAGGUACCUCCGCAACCAGACAGAGAAGUUCAUCACCCUCUUCCCCACCAACACCAUCUUCCUCUCACUCUUCGCUUGGGCCGACACCAGCAUCCUCAUAAACGACCCGGUCCGCACGCUCCUGCACACGCACGUUUUGACCAAAACCAACGACCACAUCUCCGGCCGCCUCUUCGCCAUCGGGCACGAGAUGCACGUCGGAAGCGUCCACUCCGUCCGCACAGCCUUUGAGCGCUCUCUCGACAGCGACGCGUGCAGGAGCAACGUGGGCCUGUGGCUGAGCUACGUACGGUUUUGCGCGAGGCACAAGAAGGAGCUCGGGGGCGGCGGCAGCAGCAGCAGCAGUAAUGAUAGCAACAGCGCCAAGGUUAAAGACGUGUUUUACAGGGCGCUAGGGGCGUGUCCGUGGUCCAAGUGGCUGGCUAUGGAGGCCUUUACCACACUAGUGCGGGAGAUGGAGAGCAGUGAGCUGCGGGCGGUGUGGAACACAAUGGUGGCGAAGGGUAUACGGGUUUGUGUGGACCUGGAGGAGUUUGGGGAGCAGUGGAGGAAGAGGGUAAGUGGUCAUAACGGAUGAUGGUUACAUGACGGUUGGUCACUUGACGAGCUAUAAUGUAAAAAGCACAUUUGGCUUUCUUGCUAUGAUCAACGCUCUCCUUUUCCACAGGGAGAUGAAUAAAGUAAAAAGAAAUAAAUAAAUCAAAUUGAGCAAG